AAACACAGAACGCUAGUACUUCAUGUAAUGUUUUGCUUUGUUGGCUUCUCAAAAACUAGCUUAGCUCAAAAAACUAGCUGUCCUAGCUACUUCUAAAUAUUGAAUAAAAUAAAACAUUUUGAAAAUUUGGUCCAGUUGAACCAUGGCCCAUCUUUUGGGUCGCCAGGACUGUGUGGACAGUCUCCGGAGAGAUCUUAUUGAUUUACAAGGAGCGGUUCUGGACGUGUUCUCCAGGACUGGACCUGUUCGUUUCACUUCGUGGAAGUUCCCUGACAAACUUUCCUGUAAUCUGGACUUGGUCAGUCUUCUCGAGCAGUACGACUAUGUGGAAGGCGAGACAGAGAUCAACCAGCUCUCACACAUCGUCCUGUUAGAGCUGGUGAUCGACAGAUUAAUGCUCCUUUUGCAGAGUUUUAAUGCCUAUGUAGAACUGACCUCAGGUCAGCAGAGAGCAGGGCGUUCUGGCCAGAGUGGUCCAUCUGUAUCUCUUGGCCCAGUGGUGAAACGCUACUGGAACAGCUUAGUCCAGUUCAGUAACCAGCAGCAACAAGGGAGACGCAGUGGUGUGUGUAGCCAGGACUCGUCCUUCCCUGAGGAUCAGCACAGCACCUCACUCACUCACGCCUCACACACUCACACCUCACACACUCACGCCUCACACCCGGCCACAGACCCCAUCGCCCGUCUCUGUAACACCACCCCGGGUGCUUCAGCCUCGCCACUCCACAGUACAGCGCCGACCUCCACCACCUCCAGCGUCCUUAAGGCUGGUGCACCGCGGCCUGCUGCCCACAGGACAGUGCCCGCUGUUGGUCCUACGCCUGUGACCUACAGCGUGAGCUGUCAGACGGCGGAGUCUGGCCCGGUGCCCUGUGAAGCCUGUGCCCGCGUGCAGGCCGGCCUGAAGGAGACGGCCGAGGUAGUGGCAGCACUGUGCCGGUCCCUGGGCCUGCCCUGCUCCCUGCAGCACCUCCUGGUGGCCAUGGAGGACACACUGCAGCUGGGCCGUCUCUCUGCGAGUGACGUGGCCCUGUGGGUUUCAGAGCAGCGUAGAGACACAGACCACCUCAGUAAACACAUGGCUGAGGUUCGAGGCAUAAUGGAGUCCCUCAGAGAGAGACUGAGGAAAAUGGAGGAGGAUCGAGACAAGCUCAGGUUGCAGCUGGAGCGAGAGGAGGAGCUGGUGAAGCGAGAGAGGGAGGAGAGGAGGAGGAAGGAGGAGGAGUGCGAGCGCAGACUGCAGGAGGUGAAGGCCAGGGGAGAGGAGGUGGAGCGCGGACUGCAGGAGGAGCAGAACGAGCUGAGGAGAGAAGCCACGGCUUUAGAGAAGAAGAUCUCGGAGCUGACAAGAGAAUUGGAGUUGAAGAGAGAAACACAUCAGUGUCUUGAGUGUGAGAGGGACUCCCUGAUGGAGGAAGUGCACAGGCUUCACCUACAGGAAGUGACAUGGGUUGAGGUGGAGGAGAAAAGUCAGGGCCUGGAGGCGGAGCUUAGCAGCACACAGAAGCUUCUGGACAAGGAGUGUGCAAAGUACCUGAGCGCCCAGCACCAACAGGAGGCGAUGCAGGUGAAACAGUGUGCUCUGCUGGGGCGUGUGGAUGUGUUAGUGCAGCAGUAUGAAGACGUGCAGUCUCGUCUGGAGGAGUGUGAGGGCGAGAGAGCUGAGCUGACUGAGAAACUCACACACACCACGCAACAGAGAGAUACACUACAGGAACAACUCACCAAGCACACGGGUCAGUGUCACUCCCUGACUGAGGACAGACAGCAGCUGCAGGUCCAGGUGCGUGAGCUCCAGGCCACCGUGACCCAGCUGACUGACCAAUUACAACAUGCGGCUCAGAGAGAGAGGAUACUUGUGGCCUUCCCUGAACUUAGUGUCCAACAGCCAGCACCACAGAGUACAGGUGAUGUGUUGUGUGACAUGGAGCAGCAGUUGAAGGCGAACACACUGAGGAUCAGAGUUCUGGAGCAGGAGAACGCGUCUCUGAACGCCAGCCUCUCUAAACUCAGAGACGUCCUCCCUCACUGCCAGAGCAGAGGAGACCCUUUGGGACAUCCCAGUGUGGGGGCGGGGCCAGGACAGAGGGAGCCCCGCCCCUCCAACUCCUCCCUCUCCUCAUCCCCUCUCUCUACCCUGCGCCUCCACCUCAGUCCUGACAUGGCAGAGAUGUAUAACAGGAUACGACCAGUCAUUCGCUCUCGUUCCGCUGCUCCGCACCACAGGAGGAAGUGAUGUCACACCUCUGUGCAAGCCACUAGCCUCUCUAGACACAUGUGUGCCACAUUAAGCCACAAUUAGACUACACGAAUUAUAAACAGAGAAUGCUGGGAACUGUUGCUGUUCACAAGUGGUCAAGAACACAUAUAAAAUCAUCAUGACUGCACUCUAAUCUCUGAUUUAAAAAAGUAAAAUUGUGUUUUAAAAAUACUUUUUUGGGGGGCUAGAAAU